CUGCUGCGAGUUGUGGGGCUAGGAAGAUUAUUCAGGCUUGUCGCCGGUAGAGGGCGCUGACGCCACUCCUCGUCGGCCUCCGUCCUUGGCCUGGGCCUGCUCCGACUUCAGCGCAGAUCCUAAGAUGGUGUCCCUGGGCCCGCCGGCCCGCACGCUGCGGGGCCUCCUGCAGGAACUGCGGUACUUGAGCGCAGCCACAGGCCGGCCCUACAGGGACACAGCAGCCUAUCGGUACCUCGUGGAGGCCUUCCGGGCGCACCGGGUCACCAGUGAGAAGCUCUGCAGAGCUCAACAUGAGUUACACUUCCAAGCUGCUACGUAUCUUUGUCUCCUUCAAAGUACUCGGAACCAUGUGGCCCUUCACCAGGAGUUUCACAGCAAGGGUGAGCGUUCCGUGGAAGAGGCUGCUGGUGCAGUGGGUCUCAAGUUGCCUCAACAGCCUGGAGGGAAGGGCUGGGAGUCUUGAGAAUGGAAAGAUUCACUGGAUGCUGCUUUCUUACAAGACCUUAACAAUUAUCUCUGAUUUUCAACUUGUAUUGAUGAUUAAAUUUAAAAAUAGUUGUUCCCAAAAAUUAGUUAUAUGUAGUUUUAUUUUCUGAAUGAUUCUCAGAUCACUGAGAAGUUUUCUUUUCCAUUAUCAAUCAAUGAAUGUUCUACUCUUGUCCUAA